GGAAGUGCUCGGCAGGCUUCUCCCCACUCCCUACCCUUGCAUAAAAUCUCACAAUGCUGUGGAUGUGACAAACUCCAUUUUGAUCAGCUGUUGGGCCAGAAAUGGUGAGAGUGGGUCAGAGUUGACCUCCAAAGGAUAUUUUGAUGGCAUACGUUUUUGACUCUUCUUGAAGCUGCAGCUUUUCCUUCUGUGGCACCUCCUCCUUUUUACUUUGGGUCUGCAUAAUUGCUGGCCUGAAUUUUUUAAGUGUAGGAUGGGAGACUGAAGUAAUGCGUAUGGGGUGAUAUGGAUCAUGCUAUGGAUUCACAGUAGACCUCUGAAGUGCAAAUGAAUGUACAGUACUGAAUAUAAUGGAUGAAAUAGCUGAAGGUUCUAAAAUACAAGACAAGAAAGUCAAUUCAGGACAAAGCAACACGGGAACUAAACCAGAUCAUCCAACAAUACUAAGGGUUGAUGACAGGCAACGGCUUGCUAGAGAACGGAGAGAAGAACGAGAAAAACAGCUAGCUGCAAGAGAAUCCGUCUGGUUAGAAAGAGAAGAGAGAGCCCGGCAACAUUAUGAAAAACACCUAGAGGAACGCAGAAAGAAGCUAGAAGAGCAGAGAUUAAAGGAAGAGAGAAGACGAGCUGCCGUAGAGGAAAAGCGAAGGCAGAGAAUAGAGGAAGAUAAGGAACGACAUGAAGCUGUUGUACGUCGCACGAUUGAAAGAAGCCAGAAGCCAAAACAAAAGCAGAACAGGUGGUCCUGGGGAGGAGCACUACAUAACCGCAUUAAUAACACAGGUUAUUUUUUUGAAUCAUCAUUCACCUUUCUCGAUUUAGCAGGCCUGGAGCACCACUUCAGAUCUCUGGGUGGUGCUAGAAAACCUGAUCCAGACAGGCGAUCUGUUUCAACAAUGAACCUUUCGAAACAUGUUGAUCCAGUCAUUAACAAGCGGCUCUCCUCCUCAUCUGCAACAUUACUAAAUUCUCCAGACAGAGCUCGCCGUCUGCAGCUCAGUCCGUGGGAGAGCAGCAUCGUUAGCAGGCUCCUGAUGCCCACUCACUCAUUCCUGGCCCGAAGUAAAAGCACAGCUGCAUUGUCUGGAGAUGCAGUUAUCCCCAUUUGUCCCCGUUCAGCAUCUUGCAGCCCCAUCAGUCCUCUGUCCUACAAGGCCAUGAACUGUAGGAAUCCAGGAGACCGAGCAAAACUUUAUGCCUCUACUGAUGCUGUUGGACGUAGGAGAACAACGCAUCUGGCAGGGACUGACAAAAAAGAAAAGGAGAGAGACCAUUUGUCACCCAGCUUCUCAGCCAGCUUUAAAGGAGGUCAUUUUUCUUCCAACCCCAAAGCUAGAUCACCAGCUCCCUCUCCAGUUUGGCAUGCAUCAAAGUCUUUGCCUUUUUUGCCUGGCACACCUAAGCAGAUAACGUCCCCACCUGGCUCCUCCAAAGUGUCCUCUGCUCAGGCACGUCCUCCUUCUCCUGGCAAUAUCCGGCCUAUCAAAAAAGAGGUCAAACCAGAGAGUGAGAAGAAAAGACCAGAAAAGGAGGCUGAGAAGGUCAAUGAGGAGAAGACAGAAGACAGUAAAGGAACUCCAGCAGGGGCUGGACUACCUGCAAGUCGGGAAGAGCCUGCUGUCCAGGCAGACCUUGCACAAGCAGCCAGCCCAUCCCUACCUCCUGCUCCACCAGCUCUUUCUCCACCCCCAGUCCCUGCGAAGACCUCUGCAGGUACAACUGACCCUGAAGAAGCAACGAGGCUGCUGACCGAGAAGAGGCGCCUUGCCCGUGAGCAACGGGAACGGGAUGAGCAAGAGAAGAGGGAGAGAGAAGAGCUUGAAAGGCAAAAGAAGGAGGAGCUAUCACAGAGGAUAGCUGAAGAAAGAGCUCGCCGGGAAGAGGAAGAAGCUCGCAGACAGGAAGCAGAAAAAACCCGAAAGGAUGCAGAGGAGGAGCGGGGAAAGGAAGAACGGCUGCGCCGACAAGCAGAAGAAAGAGAACAGAAGGAGAAAGAAGAGAUAGAACGCAUUCAGAAACAAAAAGAAGAGGAAGCUCGCCUACGGGAAGAGGCAGAGCGGAUUCGAUUAGAACGUGAAAAGCAUUUCCAAAGAGAAGAGCAAGAGCGCUUGGAAAGGAAGAAGAGGCUUGAGGAGAUCAUGAAGAGAACUAGGCGUGUAGAAGCUGUAGAUAAGAAACCCAAUGACCAGCAAAAUGGACAUAUAUCAAAGGCAGAUAUUCCUGGAGAAGCAGUCAUAACCAGUCCUGCAUCUCUCUUGGAACCUGCAGGAGGACCUCAGCCUCCGCCCGCCGCCCAGUCGCCACACAACGGGAGACCCGUCACCUGCACACGUGUGAUUGUUUCACAUCAACCCCCCGUAAAUAUGGACAGCAAUCUCAAUCCAGAGAAAAAUGCAAAUGAAAAUGGAAUGUCUAUGCAGAAUGAUAACUUUGAAGAGAUUAUAAACCUGCCUAUUGGUUCUAAACCAUCCCGGCUGGAUGCCAUGAACAAUGACGGAAGCAAUAGUCCUGAGAUUCCUUUGAAUCCAAUUCUAGCCUUUGAAGAGAAGGGGACUCUUUUGCCUCAGGUAGAAAGUGUUCAAACACAUCAAACAGCAGAAGUGAUCUGAUUGUUUCUUCUGAAGAACCAAAGGUGAUAUGAGCAUCUCUGCAGUCAGUGGAGUUUCUUCCAUGCUAUGAAGGAGUGUUUUAUUUUUUUCUCUCCAGUUUUUUAAAGAUUUCUUGAAUAACUUUUUUGGAAGGACUUUAGCAAAACCAGCAGAAGAAAUGAUGGGAAUAGACUUGGAUCACCUUUCUAAUAGCUUUCAUCACUAGAAAAAUCAUGCUUCACAUGCAUUACUUAAUAUGGCUUUUUUCAACAAGCUUUUUCUGUUAGUAAAUGAAUAUUUGUGCAUUCCUUAAGACACGAGACACUGGAAUCUGAAAGCAAUGGGCUGAUUUGGGUGGUGGGACUGAUUCUUUUUUUAAAAAGACGGGUGUUGGUUUAAAAGUUGUAAUUGUAAAAUUGGCAAAGAAUCUUUUACACUUUGUGGUUCUAAUACUUGAAAAAUAAGUACCUCAUUGCUCUACAAGUAGAGCCAAUGGGGUGUUUUAUUUAAACCUGUUGGUUUGAAUAUUAUUGCAGAGAACUCUAAUUAUGGGGGCAAAGUAUAGGCUUCUGUAUCAGGUUCUUGUAAAUGUAAUUCCUACAGGGACAUUCUGUAAAUUGAGACGUCACUAUGAUCUUCUCACAUUUUCUCUAAAAACACAAAACAAGGCAGGUUUUAAAAUGUGAAAAUUUGAAAGCAUUAUUUUUUCAUGCACAAGAGGAAAACCUAUUGUUCUCCUAGAUGAUGUAUUUAUGAAUUUUGUUCAGUACAGAAAUAAAUCGUUUAACUGAAUAAAUUAGAAAAAUGUGGUAAAAUGAUACUGCAAACUUGAUUUUUUUAGUUACAUCCAUGUUCACAAUACUAUAAAAGAUGUGUACGCAUACGUGCACACGUGUGCGUGCACACCCAGGGAAAUACCUUGUUCUGAGUCCUGUAAAUUGCUGCUGUUCCCAGUGAUGGAAGACUUUGCCUUAUCAGACUACUGAAGACUGUGUGAAACCUGAAGUGUUUGAUUUUUGGAUGAUGAAGCAGGUUUGAGGAUUUUUUGGGUUUGCUCGUUUCAGAGCAAAUGGAAAAUGGUCAUUUUUUUGUGCUUUUUAUGUAGUGUGUGAUUUUUAUCAAGCAGUGCGGUCUGGGUGGCAAGAGGAGCAGUGCAGGUUGCCUCCUCUUUAGUUUGAUGCUGAUUUCUACUGACAUUGUUCCAUCCCUCGCUUUUGGUUGCCAUUGGGCAGGACUGUAAAAUCUUGCACCUUUUUGUGCUUUGAUAAAGCAUGCUGUUACAGGCAGAGCUCACUCUAGGUAUCUGAGUUUGAAGCACCAACCAGGGCUUGAUGCGAUGCUCACUGAAGGCAGCGAUUGUCAGAUCAGAUCCUUGGCUAGUGGAAGCAGGGCUUUGUGGGGUUUCAGUUCAUGCUACCAGAGAAUGGACCAUUCAGAUUCCUGCGCUUGCCUUUAGCGAGCACUGGGCCAGGCCUCUGGCAAGCUGUGCAGAAAGUCUGCGCUAGCCGAAGAAAUCCUGAGACAAAAGCUGAAGAGUUUUUGAAGGAAUUACUUUCUGCUGCUGCCAAGUGUUCAUCUUAUACAGGAGGUGGGAUAAAAACAAUGGAAAUGCAAUGAAAAAGAUACUUCAUCUGCCAGAAUAUAAAUGGAAGGGAGCAACCAGCCAUUCAGUCAGAAUGCUUUCAAUAGCAGCUUGUGACACAGUAAAAUGAAUUGGGUUCCCUUCUUGUUUUCUUUAGUUUUCCAUGUACAUAGCCACAAUAUUCUGAAGUGUCCAAAAUGUGUAGUUUUUCUUUGAUCCUAUAUAUAGCAUGUAAGUACCAAAUAAAACUUGUUUGAAAUAUUUA